AUGGAGCUAAAGCCGCAAGCACAGCCUAGGCCAUAUAUAUGCGUCAGUAAGAUGUUUGGGAACGGGAGUAAAAAAUUUGACGAUGCUUGGGUGCAGAACAAAACAGGAGCCCAAAAAACUGACACAGACAUAAUCCAUAGCAGCAGUCCAAGUGAAAACCCUGCCUCAGCAUUAGAGAACCCAGCCAAAAAGCCAAAGGUUGGAGGUUCCAGGCCUGAAACAAGGAGUGGCAACCGCAAAACUCAGUAA